AGUUGCCCUCAGACCACUGUGUUGAUCGGUGCGGCGAUAUUUCAAAAUUGUGAUUCGCGUGUGAUCUUUUUUUUAAUUCAGUGUUUCUGUUUCGGUGUAAAUAAAGGCUUAAUAAAAUUUUGCAGUCGUCAGUAAAAUGCGUGAAAACCUCUCAUGACAGUUGGAAUUGAAUAUUCGAGCGGAGAGAAGAUGGCGCUCUCGAACAACUCAUUCGCGAAAACAUACAAUCGCCUGUUUGUUGAAUUAGCUGAUCCCCGAACUAAUGAUUGGUUCCUCAUCAAAAGCCCGAUACCGGGUCUCACCAUUAUAGGGCUAUACCUAUAUUUCACACUGAAAUGGGGUCCACGUUACAUGGCCGACAAAAAACCUUAUCAACUACAGAAGACCUUGGUGGUCUACAAUUUCAUACAAGUUUUAGUUAGCUGCUGGUUGUUUUACGAGGGCCUCGACGCUGGUUGGUUGAGGACUUAUAGUUGGAAAUGUCAACCAGUCGAUCCUUCGACAACACCUGAAGCGUUAAGGGUAGCACGUGGUGUUUACAUCUAUUUCCUUGCGAAAAUGUCAGAACUACUCGACACGGUGUUCUUCGUUAUACGAAAGAAAGAACGUCAGAUCACCUUUUUACAUUUGUACCACCACACCGUGAUGCCCAUGAUAUCAUGGGGAGCGACAAAGUACUAUCCUGGAGGCCAUGGAACUCUGAUAGGAGUCAUCAACUCCUUCGUUCAUAUAAUAAUGUACACAUAUUAUAUGCUGGCGGCAAUGGGACCUCAAUACCAGAAAUUCUUAUUCUGGAAGAAAUAUAUCACGACAUUGCAAAUGCUCCAGUUCUGCAUCGCUUUUAUUCAUUCCUCCCAGUUACUCUUCUACGAAUGCGGUUAUCCUCGCUGGUCUGUCGUCUUUACCCUCCCAAACUCCAUCUUCUUUUACUACCUGUUCUACGACUUUUAUUACAAGGCCUAUGGUAAACCAGGAGACAAAAAAAAAGUUAAGCAAAAUGAAGAUGUCAUCAAUAAACAUACAAAGUCAAAUGGAAUUGCAAAUGGUGUUAAAUCUGAAAAUGGCAUUGUGAACGGAAUCCUGAAUGCAGGAAAGAAGAUUGAUUAAAACAAGGGUAUAGGUUUAUUAUGUGAAUGUUCUAUCUUAAUACGUGUACCAUAUUUUAUAGGUUUUUAAAUAUUAAAAUGUUCAUUAAUUUCGAUGACUAGACUCGGAAUGAUUUGAAGUUUUAAACGAAGCCGGUAAAAAAAUACCACACCAAAAGUGUUUCCAAAAAGGAUUUAAUCCUACAGGACGUUAAAGGAAUUUAUCAUGCUAUCUUAUAUUAUAAGGUAAAAAUUCGUAGAUGCAAAGAAGAAAACUAUAAACCUCUGAAGUAUAUUUUUAUACUUCUUGAUUAUUAUAGUAUUAGAUAUCUAAAAAAAAAAAACAAUUUUUGGUGAUAGUCAUAACUUGGUUACCAAUUUUAUAUUUAUGGGUUUUUGAAUACAAAUAUUAAACAUAAUCUAGUUAUAAUGGCUAGUACUUAUGUUUGAUAGGCUAUUUUAUUUUUGGUCAUAUUUACCAAUAAUUAUAUUAAGCCAUAUAGAAUAAAGUGGGCAUAGAAAAUAUUUAUUAAUUUUAUUUUGAUAAAUGAUUUUCUGUUGACCACUAAAUAAUUUGAAAAUAGAUCUAGAUAGUUUUGUAUAUAAGUACGAUAGUUUUAAAAACAUUGUAUAAUUUUAAUACUUUUCUAAGCAUUUUGUUUUUAUUUGUUUUACAUGCUAUUCAAUAUGUUCAAUAAAAUUGUGUAACUUUCAUACCGCCUGAUGGGAACUCUUAUAAUUCGAAAUUGUAAAAAUAACUCGAACAAAACUCAAAUCCCAUUGCAGAACACGACCAUGAAAUGUUAGUGAUAUGGCAAAUCGAAAAUCAUAUCAAUUUAAGCUUUUAAUUUUUUUACGAGUGAGACAUAAAGAGAGACCAUACAAAAUAUGCGCUGUGUGUGUGUGUUUCCUGAUUGUGACGAAAUAUUUUAUUAUAUUAAUUUGAUCAUUCAUUAAUUAUAGAAAAGACGUUCAUAGCAUUUAUCUAGAGAAAUUUGAAAGAUAAUACAUAUAAAAUCCGGUAACACAUAAAUUGAAUAUGAAUUAAGUAUCAAAUAUAAUCGCCAGUUAUUCAUAAAUUAAAACCAUGCCACAAUAGCAUUGAAUUUUCACCGGUACUUUAAAAAGAGUUGUUGGAUUGGUAUAGCACAGUAAUGUAAUCGAUUAUUCGCACAAUAAGUUUGAAAAUUAUCGAGUUUGAAAUUACGAGUGAAAUAAAUUGUCUUCCAAGUAAUGUAAAGCAAUACAUUAAAGUAUAUUAACAAUGAGGCAUAAUAAUUAUGUUAAUGUUUUUAAUUAAUAUAUAUAUUUAUAUUAUAUAUAUAUAUUAAUUUCGUGAGUUGUUUUAAUUCUAUCAUUUUAAAUAUUCUUCAUAAAUGUGAUAAAUUAUGUCUAUAAGGUAUUCUAUCUCUAAAAUACGCUGUUAGUUUUUUAUACAAUAAAUAUAUACACUUUAUUUCUGUAUGUAUAUAGAUGUAUACAAAUGUUAUCAUAGUACUAAAACUAGUGAUCGGGUUCAAUUACAAUGUUAUAUA